AUGCACCAUGCCUGGAGUGCUGGCUGUCAAGCCCUGCGACAUGGAAACCUUGUCGCGACAAUCCGAUCAUCCGACCCUCUUCGAGACCUCUGGCUCAACCAUCUACCGGAUUUGCCCUUGCCGACCUUCAUCGAUGCCGUUGCUGACCGCGCCCCGGACCGUGUCUUCGCAGAAGUUCUCACAGCCAUCAAUGGCAAGUAUACCAGCAGGCUCAUCACGCUGAGCCAGCUGGCAAACGCAGCAGAUGAAGCAGCACGCUGGCUGGACGAACAGUUCGGGAAAGACGCAUUGCCUAGGACCAUUGCGGUCAUGGCACCGGCUUCCGAUGUUCGUUAUCUAUUUUACAUGUUGGGCGCUGUGAAAUCGGAACGUCUUGCUUUCUUUCCCUCACCACGCAACGACAUCGCUGCCCAUUGCUCAGUGUUCGAGGAAUACCAAUGUUCCACACUGUUGCUUCCGCGAAAAAGCCCAUUCUACGACACCAUGCGGCCAGUCAUCGAAAGGCUUGGUCUGGAUGUCGUGGAGAUUCCUGGCCUGCAUUUCUUUCUCUCUGGGACAGUCAAGCCGUAUCUGUGGACGCCGUCAGUGGAGACAGACUUUAGACUGGAGCCUUUGGUGGGACUUCACACCUCUGGAAGUACAGGUACCCCAAAGCCGGUCAUGCUCAAGCAUGGGAACGCCACGGCGAUGCAGCACUGGAGACGGGCACCCGAGCUGGGACAUGGCAGCAUUCACUUCACCUUUUGGGAGGACAAGACGAUCUUGGUGGCAAUGCCUCUAUUCCAUGCGGCGGCCCUCAACCUCGUCAUCGCAGCUUUGCAGAACAACAUCUUUGUUGUGUUCCCUCCGGCGAGCCCUGGACCCUUAACUGCGGAUAUCGUCAGCAACAUUCUGGAGCAUGCGAAUAUCGAUGUACUUGUCACAUCGCCGUCAAUCUUGGCAGACAUGGCGUCAGAUCUGAAGCUCCUCAAGACCUUCUCACAAGUUGGGGCCGUCGCAUAUGGAGGCGGGCCACUUCCGAGGGUAGCGGGCGAUCUCAUUACUCGGCAGUGUCAUUUGCUGAACUUCAUCGGCAUGUCAGAGACGGGUAUUCUUCCGUGUGAACUCGUCCGUCAGCAAGACUGGCAGUACGUCAGGUUCUCUCCCAUGAUUGGGAUUGAGAUGCGGCCUUAUGCGGACGGUCUCUACGAGCUGUACUUUGUCCGGAAUGAGGCCUACAAGGACUUUCAGGUGUCGUUCUUCACGUUUCCGGAGCUCGACGAGUACACUACCAAGGACUUGUUCAGCCAGCAUCCGACAAAACCGGAUCUGUGGAUGUGGCAGGGGCGGACAGACGACAUCAUUGUCUACUCGACUGGAGAGAAGUUCAAUCCAACGUCAAUGGAAGAUGCUCUGAAUGGCAACCCUAGUGUCAAGACGGCGCUGGUAUGUGGUGAUGGGAAGGCGCAUUCAGCUUUACUCGUUGAGCCGCAAACAGUACCUGGGGACUCCGUCUCUUCUAAUGACGUGAUUGAGAGGAUCUGGCCUCACAUCAAGCAAGUCAAUUCGGACAGUUUACAGCAUGCACGGAUUCUCAAAGAGAUGAUCCUGGUCACUGAUCCCGAUCGGCCACUUCCAAGAGCUGGGAAGGGCACCGUGCAGCGUAAAGCGGCUCUGAGUCUUUACAAGAGCGAUCUAGAAGCCCUUUACUCGGCCGAGCCGCGAGGAUCGAGUCGGAGGAGUGACUCUGUGAUGCAGAGCGAGGACCUGGACGAGCAGCUGUUAACGCAACAGAUCCUGGACAUAGUAGAGCGAUCUUCCGGGAUGCGACUGCAACCCGCUGAUGACUUCUUCGCCGCUGGGCUGGACUCACUCGGCGUGACCGCCAUUCUUCGUAGUCUCCGCAAGUUGGUCAUGUUUCAUGGAGAUCAGCGUCCUCUUGAUGCUAAGAUGGUCUACGACUUUCCGUCGGCUGCAUCGCUCGCCCACUACAUAUCCGGCGGAGAACCUGAAGUCGAUCAAUAUCACAUCAUGCAGGAACUAUUCGACAAGUAUGCAUCAGACAUGCCAAUCACCGCCAGGGAUCCACUUCCGUACGAUGAGAAACGUAAAGUGGUAAUGAUCACUGGUUCCACUGGUUCUUUCGGGACGUAUCUGCUUGAUACGCUACUGCGUGAUGAGACAGUGGCACAUAUCAUCUGUUUGAAUCGAAAGGAGAACGCUGAGAAGAUUCAGCUUCGUUCGCUCAGCACCAAGGGCUUGUCGACCGAGCUAAGAGGUACUACAUUGACGUUCGCUACAGCCGACUUCUCGAAACAGUACCUCGGAUUGGAGACCCUCCUGUACAAGGAUCUGCUGAAGGAAGUCACCCACAUCAUCCACAAUGCGUGGGAAGUCAACUUCAACCUGCCGGUCCAGCAUUUCGAGCGGCCUCAUAUCUGUGGAGUUCGCCAACUUGUUGACUUCUCGGCUCGCUCAACGCAUGGCGCGAUGAUAAUGUUCAUAUCCUCGAUUGGAGCUGUUUCGGCAUACGAUCCGCCAGACAGCGACGAUGCCGAACGAACUGUACCCGAGAGCAUCAUAGACGACUGGUCGGUGGCGGGCCCUGAGAGCGGGUAUGGUCAGUCCAAACUCGUCAGUGAGAGGAUCCUCGCGACCGCCGCUCAGGAGGCUAAUGUCCCUUGCGCAAUCGUAAGAGUUGGACAAAUAGCAGGUCCUGUCUCAGGGAAUGGUAGGUGGCAGAAGCACGAAUGGCUUUCCAGCCUCGUCAUCUCCUCCAAAUACCUGGGCGUGUUACCAGCGACACUGGGCAGUUUCGACGUCGUAGACUGGAUUCCAAUAGACUUGGCCGCCACAAUCGUAGCAGAAUUCAUGCAGAACAUGUCCGAACGGCUGAAACAUACUCCGGAUCAAGCGCUCGUGUAUCACGCCGUGAAUCCCAAAAAGACGACUUGGGACGCCUUACUUCCUUCGAUGCAACCUUAUCUUGGCGUGUGGAAGGUCGUGCCGUCAUACGAGUGGGUGGAUCUAUUGUCUGAAUGCGAGGACAAGGCGUCCGCCGAGAAUCCUGCCGGGAAGCUAUUGUCGUUCUAUAGAAGUCUGGUUGAAUCGGACAUGCAGGUCCCGCUGGAUACGACGGAGAGUGAGAAAGCUAGUCCAACGUUGGCUUCACUGGACGCUAUAUCGGGGGAGAUGUUUGGGAAGUGGCUUCGUAAAUGGGUUUGA